AUGGCAGAAGACCAUAGAUGAGUGCUGAUUUCAUCAUUGUUAUAAGAGAAAUGACGAGAUGGUGAACUGCUCCAUUUGCUUAGAUGCCAUCAAGACGCCAACAUGCUGUAUUCCAUGUGGGCAUGUGUUCUGUCACAUGUGUAUAGGACGGUGGCAGCGACAGCAUGCCUAUAAUGGUACAACAAGAGACUGUCCACAGUGUCGACGUCAGAUAGAACACUCCCAGAUUAUUAGAUUUGACACCUCGGAGGAAGUCAACGAAAUAGAAUACGAUGAUGCUGAUGAAAAUCCUUGGGAUGAGUCUGAUGUCGGAACAAUCUUAAAAUCCUUACAGAAUAUUUGGAAAAGAAGUCAAAUAAGACAAUUUCUAAAAUCAGGACAAGCCAGAAUACUAUCUUAUGAGAGUGUGAGACAUACGUGGUGCUGUGCCAAGGAUGGCUGGAACAUUGGAAAACAAUUUGUUAGAGAAGUGCAUGCUUCUGAUGGUUUGGAGAACAAACUAAACGUAGUAAAGUUUCGUCUGCAUCAAGGCUUCAGUCAUUGUAGACAAAGAAUAAUACAACAUCAAUAUACUGAGUCUCUGAAGAGGAAAUGGGAAGGACUAUCAGAGGACUGGAAACAUGUACUAGCUAUUUCCUUGGCUGUUCUGGUAGUACUUCUAAUGGUGGACGUCCAACAUAAAGAUGGCUUUAUACAAUCUGUGAUUUUUCCAGUGUUUCAAACGUUUUUCUUCAUCUUUCAUGAACUGCUAGCGUGCUUGACUUACAUUGUCUUCCGUCCCUUGUAUUGCUCAUUUCUCUGUACUGUGGAAGUAGCAUCUACUAUAGCAGACAUCACAGUGGAAACCUUGGUAUCUAUUGUACAAAUGACUGUGGCAUUAGUCUUUUUACCCUUUACUAUGGCCGUGGGUUUGAUACAGGUUGUCACGGUAACAGUUGGGACGAUACUACGGACAGUUAUACCUCUGUUUAUUCUGUUAUACUUUAUCAGCCCCUCCGUCCAGCACCAUUGUAGAGCCAUCUUGGCCAGGCUCCAACACCAAAAUCAAGAUCAAAACCAAGCAGAGAACAACUGAUGUGAAGAGAUGAAGAAAAUAUGGACAGAGAUUUUUAUGAUUAUACAAGUGCCACAUCCAUGGAAUGUAAAGUUAAUCCUGUGGUAUGCAUCCCUCCGUAGAAUAGCUAUGCCUUAUAGAUAUAGUUUCUUCCACAGGAUGAGAAAUGCUUUAAAAUGGUAGGUACUAGGUAGAGUACCUUUUUAUGCUCCCCCACCAUUGAGUCCCUUGCCCCAGUACUUUCCUGUCCUAUCAUGUUUAUUACCUUAUCAUAGUAAGGUGAUCGUCGGUCAAUGUUAAAGGGUCCCAUUAUACAUGGGAGUGAGGACAUUUAUGUCAGACACUUGUUUAAAUCAAAUGUGAUUUCAGUAUUACUUAGAUGUGACAUACUUUACUUGAUUUAUUCACAGCAUCCAUGUAGGAGGCAACAUUUGUCAAUCACUUAGAUCAUCAGGUAAUUGAUAUAAAAAUUAUGUCAGCUUUUUUGCAAAGUUGGAUCUUUGUAAAUCUUCACUUCGUAAUGUCAUUACUAAGGCUAGCUGAUAUUUAGUCAUAUUAUGAUAUUUUGGAUAUUAAGUUAUUCGUGAAUUGAAACAUGUAUUAGUAUAUUGAAAAUUUGUAAGUACAUGUGUAUACUAUCAAAAACUAAAAUUGUGUACUGAUAUAUCAGUACAUUGAUGUACUUUGUUUUUAUCAAAACUUCAAACUCUUUCAAUGAUUUUUUACUUGGACUAAUAUGAAAGAUCUUUUCGAUAAUGUGUUGUAGUAGUAAACCUAGGUUGUCUUAUAUUUUCAAUUACAUUUUUUUUCUCCUCAGUGUGUUUACACAAAAUACACCCUUAUACUGCUAGCCUGACAUUUGAUUUCAACAGACCAUGAUAUUAAUUUAUUUUUUUGUCAUAUGUAUACAUAUGAUACAGAAGGUGAAGCCAACUUUAUAUCCUUGAUUGUUACUUACUGACAAGAUAAUGCCCAUCCUAUUCAUAGCAGUAUUUCCUUUGAAAUUCUGUCAAAUAAAUAACACUUCAUUAUGCUCCCUUAAGUUGUCGUCUAUCAGGAUUUUGUCCAGAACAUUUCACAAAAACUAUAAGAGGUAUCAACAUGAAACCUUUAUAGGUAGAUAGAUCUCGAUUAGGAAAGUGCAGUGUACAAGAACCAUAACUCUCUUGUACAUAAUUUAGAAGUCAUUGGUCUUUUUUUCAUACUUAAGUUUUGUCAAAACUAGCUGUUUUGGAACUAACAUUUAUUCGGGGAGCAGCCAUCGGUUCUUUGAUUCUCUUGUUUUCAAAUUUAACCGUUUGAAUGUGGUGGUUAAGAAAAGCUAGAUACAUGAAUUGUAUUUAAUAGUUUACACAAUCCAAUUAUAUCAGGUAAAAAUGUUCAUGCUGGUUAUCAUGUGCUUGUUUAUAUCUUUGAUGAAGUUAUAUUAUUGGUUCAUAGAUCAUAUCUUUCAACACUCCAUAUCAGAUCGACAGGACAUAUCCCAACUCAACUCAUAUUUAAUGGGUUUGUAGUUUCUCUCAUUGUCAAAUCUGUUUGAAGUUUGCAAGUUACAUAUCCAGUCUGUACAUGCAGUUCUCAUCCUGGCUCAAUCCAUAUUCAGAUCCAGAUCAUAGCCGGACUCAAUCCAAACUAGGUGGCAGGUCAUACUGUGGCCUAAUCCAAAUCAAGGCUGGUUACAUCCUGACCCAAUCCAUAUCUGGAUAUUAUGUAAUGUCCUGGCCCAGUCCAUAUUUGGGCAGCAGGUUAUAUCCUGGCAUAAUCCAUAUCAACAUGGCAGGUCAUAUCCUGGACCAAUCCAUCUCUGAUUAACAACAGUUCUUUCUGCUGCUCCUAUAUGAACUCAAUUCAUAUCUCUAUUCUACAGAUAAAAUGUGGGCCCAAUCUACAUGUUUGCCCUUUUUGUCAUACAUACCAAUCCACAUUAAGUCAGCUCAUGAUGAAGUGACUUGAUCCAUAUCUGACUUGCUGCUCAUAUCAUAACCUGAUCUAUGUCUGGCCUGCAUGUCAUAAUCUAGCCUGAUUCAUAUUUAGCUUACUGUUUUCAUGACCAACUCCAUAUCUGACCUGCAUGUCAUAUCUCUGCAGUGUCUAAAUUUAUCCUUAAUUCAUGUUGUCAAAUAUCUGAUCUCAGGUCAUAUUUUGACUUGAUUCAUAUCUGGUCAGUAGUUCAUAUCAAAAUUUAAGUUAAAGGCUAUAUCCCUACCAAAGUCUUAUGCAGGUUAUCUUAUUUAAUCUAUAGUCAUAUAUCGUGUCACCUACAACUGUCAGAUUCAGGAAUGUUGCUACAUUUUUAUGUAAAUGAUAAGAAAUUUAUGGCUUUUAUGACAAAACUAACAUAGCUAGCAGCCAUUACAUAGACUGCCAGUAAAUGCAUGCUUUUAAUGAAAAAUUUUGUUAGCUAUUGUUGCUUUGAUAUAAAAAAAAUCUGAAAGUGUAGAUAGAGAUAUUCUCAGGUAUUUUGUUGGUACUGGUAUUUAUGUUGUUUUUGUAUGUAUAGUAACCUCUUGUGUAUUACCUGCUGCAAAAAAUAAGUUAUAUCACCCACAAGAACAGUUGUGAGGUAGUAACACCCCAGGUAUACCAUUUUUAACUUUAUACCCAGUCGCACAUUAAAUACUUCAUUUCAUGACAGGUCAUGGCAUAAAUCCUGAUUAUAUAUCUUGCCACUAAAUGGACAGUAUCAAUAUCAAUAUUUGUCAAUGUUUUAAAACUUUUUUAAAGACUGCAUGCAAUACACAAGAAAUUACAGUAUGUUUAAAAGUAUGUAGUUUGCAGUUUGGAGGUUGCUUCUUUUAAAUUUUUCAUAAUUGAAAUUGCAUAUGCAUAUCAGAAAUUUUUAUUAUGCAAGUUAGAUAUUUUUAUUUUAAAGGUGUCAAUAAUAUGUAAUGAUUAUAUUCUGCAAUUAACAAUGUGUCAAUUUGUGUAUACAUGUAUCUGCUUUUUACAUUAAUUGUAUGGAUUAAAGAGGUUUUAACAUCGGAUGAUUUUAAUGGAGUUUGUGUGAAAUUCAUGUGUUCUUUCAGCAGUGAAUAUACUAAGUCUUCUGUUAAUGAAUCCUUGUAUAAUAUUUGAGUUUUUUCCCUUAGCGAUAUUUUGUUAUGACCUGGUUAAGGUCAGUGAGAUGAGUGGAUAAAUGUUUGUUUUUGAAUUUCAAUACUGAUAUAUGAUAUAUUACAAAAUGUAACUGACAGAUUUUUUAGGAUCUCUGUUGACAGACAGAUCUAGUCAAGAUGGUUCUCAAGCUGUCACAGGUGCCUCAAGUUUAAGAACAGUGUUGGUGUACUUCUAUCUGUAGUAUUACCUCAGCAAUGGUGACUAGGCAAAACUCAUCUAUAUAUUAAUGUAAACAGUGUGAUAAUAGAUUUUUAUGAGAUUUUGAACCACAGCUGUCAAAAUUUAACUAAAACAUUACUUCCCAAUUUUUUCUUUUACCAAAAUCAGAAAAUAUCUCAGCAUUUAAUCUAAAUGAUGUGUCAUGGCAUUAAGAAUUACCUCUUCAUAGUCUAAAUUAGCUUCAUUUAAAAAAAAAAAAGAGUGCUUACAGACAAUGAAGGCUUGAAAUCCUGAAAGACUUUUUAUGUUACAAUGAAGUUAAGGAGUAGUGGAUAUUUAUUGACUUUGUUGUAAACAAAACUUUUUUUUCAAUUGUACCAAUGAUAGAUUUUAGGAUUGCUUUAAGAUACCAUUGUAAGAUUUUUAGUAAGUAUGAGUUACGUUAUGAUGUGACAUAGUGAUGAAAGUGGAAUGCAGCUUUUUAGGGACAUGUACAGAUAUUUAUAAAAAUUGUAAAAUGGUGGAAAAAGAAUAAAAUUCUUUGUUUCAGACAUUUCUGUUAUCUUCAUUGCAAGAGAGAAAAAAAAGAUUUCUUUGAUAAAUUUUAAAUGGUAAAAAUAUUGUUUUAUUUAGCAUGCAUGCUUAAUGAGAAGUUUGUAUUGAACAAUAAAAUUGCUGUUAAUACAUGUUGAUAAGUAGCAUGUAGUAACAAUAUUUGGAGUAGCUAAGAGAAACUGGAAUCUUUAUUGCUUAUGUACAAAUGUUGAUGAAGGUAUAUGUUUUUUGCUCACCUGGCUUCUACCUGGUAAUUAAUUAAAGGUAGAUAAUGCAUGACUUUUAAUAUAUGUUGGUAACUUGGUGGAUUUUCCCCAUCUUGUAACAUUAUAUGAUGCAAUUUUCUGUUUUUGAAUGAAAUAAUAAUGCACCAGGUAUUAUAAUGAUGCAUGUGAUAUAGGUAAUUUUUGCAGGAAUUUUGAAAUAAAUAAACAAAAUCAAUCUC